CUUUGUUCGGAUUGGAUUGGACACCAUUCCAUUUCAUUCGUCUUCGUUCGUGUUCGUAACUUGGCUUGUUCGGGAAUAAAAAUGCGUCCUUGACUUUAUAGUAGAUAAAUAGAUAUCAAAAUAAAGAUUACGGUUAGAUAUAUUAUUGUGAUAGAAUUUAUUUGAUUAUUUGUGAAGCAGUGCUCAAUCCCUGCUUAUUAAUCAAAAACACAAAAUGGAUAAUCUAAAGCAGUUCAACACAAUGGGCUCCGAGGAUAACUGGAGAACUUCUAACUUUCGGCAAAACGUCGUAUCUAAAAUAGAGGAUGUGAUCCAGCGUUCAGGGAUGCAGGUGGCCCGCAACAGUAGCGAGAUGGAGAACCAUGUGUAUAUGAAGGCAAAGACCCGUGAGGAAUACAUGAAUAUGGUCGCCAAGCUCAUCCUGCAUGUCAGGGAAAUGUCACAACCAAAACAAAACCAAGCUGGAGGAGCUAUGCAAGGCUCCAACCAGAAUCAACCAGGUCCCAACCCACAGGUCCAGAGUCAACAGGGCCAAGCACCACAGGGACCGAAUAGCCAACCCGGGCUAGCCCCAGACCCAAUAAACGCCCUACAGAACCUUGCCUCCCAGGGAACCAGAAACCAGAUGAUGAACAUGGGACAGGGACAAAUGCAACAACAAGGUGUAAUGGGUCCUAAUCCAGGGAUGGCCGGACUGCAAGCCCAGAUUGGACAACAAGGUCCAAUUGUAUCACAAGGUGGUCCACAGUCUCAAGCGGCAACUAAUCUGCUUCAAACAUUGACUCAAAGACCACAAUUGAACAUGCAGCAGAUGCAGAACAAGUUGAACAUGGGUAUGGUACCAAACCAGAAUCAGAUGGGCAACAACAUGGUGUCAAUGGGUGGUAUGGGCAAUCCAAUGGGCAGUCAGUUGCAGAACCAGCUGGCGGGGCCCGGUAUGCAGGGCCAGAUGAUGCCCAACAUGUCCAUGUCCAACAACAUGCAGGUGCCCAUGUCAGGCGCCAGCACCAUGGUGGGUCAGAUGCAGUGCAACCAAGUUGUUGGAGGCAUGGGCGGACAGAUGGCGCCAAAUGCGAUGCAAGGACAGAUGUCGAGACAAAUGGUGGGCGGUAUGACCAACAACCAAAUGGUGAACAUGAACAUGCUGCACAUGCAGGGGCGUGUGGGCGCCAAAGGGGAGGUGGUGGGCGGCAUGAUGGGCGCCGCAUACGCUCCGGCCAAUGCGCCGCCACACAACCAGUUCCUGCGCCAGAGCCCCUCGCCUUCCGCCUCCUCGCCCAACAUGGGCGGACCUAGUCCAGUCCCAAUGGGUACUAGCGUGCUGGGCGGGGCUCUGGCGUCGCCGAUGUCCUCACUGGGUGCGAUGGGCGCGUGCAACGGUGUCGGAAGCCCGUCGCCCUCUGCGCCCGCGCAUCUGCCGCACCAUCCCACACAACAGCAGCGCGGCGUGGGCGUGGGCGUGGGCAUGGGCAUGGCGGCGUCGCCUUCACCGUCGUCGUCACUGAACACACCGGCGGGCGUGGGCGGCGGCGGCGUGGCGUCUCCGGGCGGGGAGGAGGCGGUGUACCGGGAGAAGGUGCGCCAGCUCUCCAAGUACAUCGAGCCGCUGCGUCGCAUGGUGCAGCGCAUGGUCAACGAGGGCGAGAAUGUGGAGAAACUGACAAAAAUGAAGAACCUACUGGACAUCCUGUCAAACCCAAACAAGCGGAUGCCGUUGGAGACGUUGAUAAAGUGUGAAGUUGUGCUGGAGAAGUUGGACUUCAAGCGCAGUGAGACUGUGUGCGUCAUCCUGCCGCCCGCCGGCACUGGCAAGCACGAGCAAAUCUUCAACCCUCUGCUGGAGGUGAUCAACAACUGUCUCCUGUCCCCGGUCUCCAACCACACGCUGAAGCGCACCUUCGGACACACUCUGGACGCACUCAAUGGACCUGAGAUAAAGAAUCUACCUCCACCACAUAAAAUGCCUAAAGUAGAGGAGCCGACGAUGGAAAUACCAGACGUUCUACAAGGAGAAAUAGCGAGACUAGAUUCCAGAUUUAAGGUGUCUCUGGAGACGAUGCAGCUGUCAGGCGGCAGCGGCGCGAUCGCGCUCGUCGCCCAGCUGGACGACGUGCGUCUGCCGUGCGUGCCCGCAGUGCACGUGGCCGUGCCCCGCGACUACCCCGCGCACGCGCCCUCGCGCCUACGUCCGCGCGCGCCCAGACCCGACGCCCACCGCGCCUUCCUCGCCCAGGUCGACCGCAACAUGGACGCACGCUGCGCGAGAUUACCGAAGAGCUGUUCGGUGGGGCAGCUGCUGGAUGCUUGGGAAAUGAGUGUGCGGCAAGCCUGCGCGCCCAGCCCCGUCGCCUACACGCCAGUGCCCGCGCUCGGUCUGUGAGCUUUCUGCGCCCAACCAUGUCGCCUACACGACCAUGCCUACCCUCGGAUUGUGAGCAUUCUACGCCCAGUCCCGUCGCCUACGCGCUAUGCCUGAGCAUUUUCUACUCUAAGAGCCCCGCAAUAAGGUUCACUGUCGGUUACGCUCUACAUGAACGUAUCUACGACACAUCUCGUACUAAAAUAGACCAUGUCUCUAAGCAGAAAGGUUGAUAUUAGAUUGUUACGAAAUCUGAAAUACUGCAAUACAUAAUGAUGUAAAUAUUUUUAAUUUUAAGAUUUAUAUUUCACUGCUGAACUGUCCCUUAGUGAUCAAUUAACGACUGAGUGAAACAGACUUGAGUAUGUUUUAAUUAAUUAAAGAUUUUGUUUAUUGUCAACAUAAAGCAACAAAUUAUUAAUUGAUAAAAUAAUUUAAAUAGAAAUAGGACAAGAAUGGUGUUAAGUUGAUCCGGUAACGGGAGAUAAAAACAGAAAUGUUUUACCACGACUUCAGCAUUUGCUGAACGUGCUCUUAUUUGUUGAUUUCAACAUUUGUUACUGGUUCUAGGAAACUUAAAAUCAAUGGCUGAAUGAAUGUCAAAGUUACACUAAAAGGCCUUUAAAAAAUCCUAAUGUUUUAUUUUUUACAUUGCUUUUGCUAUGACUUUUAGUCAAGUAUAUAAGAGGCAAUUUUUACCUCUGAUUUAUUUGUACCAUUUGAUUUAUUUGUUUCUCUCGUGACAGUAUUGCCAAGUGAACCUAGAUUAUUUCCUCAUCGUGGAAGCUGGACAUUUAGGUUGUGUUUGUAAUCCAGUCAUUUGGCCAAUCGUAAUUACAAAAUGUUUGACUUUUUCAAAACGUUACAUUGUCAUUCUUUUACAUUUUCACAAAUUGUGAAUAAGAAAUUAUAAGGACGAUUGUAUUGCGGGCAAAUAGUAAAAAUAACUAUAUACAGUAAUGGAUUUUAUUUCUAGUGUAAUCUCCUUUGUGUUGUUCUGGAUUGUUUUUGUAACUGCACGAAAAAAAUUACCAACAUUUUUCAAUAUUUUUUUUAUGGAUAAAACAUUUAUUUACAGCCGUGAUAUAAAUCUGUGAUAAGUUUGAAAUAUUACAUCAUUAUUACAAAUGAUUAAGUUUCCCCGCUUUUUGUUUAAUUAUAUUUUAGUUGCAACAAUUAUAGGAUUAUUUUAAUGCAUCUACUUUAUAUAUUAAGUGUCGAUGGAAAGUUAUUAGUUGUGCAAUGAAUGAAAUGAACUAUAGUAUAGUUUGAUGAAUAAAAAUAAAAUAUUUGAUGAUAUCUUGUUUGUGUCAAUGACAGAAAAGUAAAAAAAAAAUGAACGAAAAAGGUUGAACUAUAAAGCUCGGUGCACGCUGGCCGCACCGAGCCGGUGUUGCCGCAAUGAUUAUGAAAAAGUUUUAUAAAUUGAAAAACAUAAUUAAUAAGGUUUUACUUAUGUUGUAGCAAAAUGUAAUUCUUAAAUAAGACUACUAGUGUUGUAUUGUAAUAGUUUUUCUCCAUACAUAUGUUCAUUAGUGACGUCACAAAUUUCAUUAUUGAGUUCCCAUUUAAUGUAUGAACGAUUUUCUUCCGAACAAUCAGCAAUUUCCAUCUUUUGUAAUAUACGUAUCUGCGAUUGUAAAUAUUGAUUAAGGCAGAUAUUCAAAUGUUGUGUGAAUACAAAAUAAAUAUUUAUUUUAUUAUAUUACAUUUUAAAUUGUAUG